AUGAGAGGUGAAGAUAACGAACACUCAUCACAUGCUUUUUAUAAUUUUACUUUUUCAGUCUUCCUGUACGACACAAACUAUGACUUGAAUCUGAAGGCAACACGAGAAGCAGAGGGACAGGCUGCCCUCAAGGCAUCGGGCGAUCUGGAAGUAACAGACGAAGAUAAACUAACGGUCAUCCAAAAGAAGAUUAAGAACCAGAAGAGAAUAACAGUCAACAUAGACGGAAGAACCUCGAAGAUUCUUCAAGAGAUAAAACAGAUGAAACGCGACAUAAAGAAUUUGUAUAAAGCUGUAUCACCUGACACAGUGCCAGAGGACAAUAUUGAUACAGAUUAAAAACAUUAUUUGAUCCAGAGCUUUUUCGUCUAUACCUGCUACACAGAAAUGCGAAAUCCGAAUGCAUGAAAUCCACAGGUAGAUUGCAAUACACACCGACGUAGUGAUCUCCAUGUGGUACAAACAUUUCCAAUGUGUUACAAUUUUAUAAUAUUUCUCUGUAUCAUACGUUCCACAAUUAUAUCAUACGGAGGAAAGAAGACGAUUCAUAGACGGGGAAAAAUCCUGAAUGAUAUUUUGUUUUUAUAUCCAGUAUUUCACAUGUUAUAUAAGGAGGAAUGACACAUCUGAAAUGACUUAGUUACAAAUGAAGUAGAAAUCAAUCUGGAAAAAAAAACACAACUAAAACCACCACUAGACUCAAACCAACGGACGGUAGAUCUACAGUCAUCAUGAUUAUACCACAGAUCAACAGUCAACACGAUAUAGACAAAUAUAUUUAAAAGGAGAUCUAUAUUUUCAUUCAAGUUUCAAAAGGAAGUCGGUCAUUAUUACAAUGUGUUGUUUCUCCUUAAUAUAAUCCAUUUUCAAUAACAAAUGUGUAUCUUUAUAAAUGAUGGUUUGUUAUGUUAAUUUACUUCGUUUUCAGAUGAAUUUUUCUGUUUUGAGAUGAUUUUAUUUUUCAUUUGAAUUUCUUUAAGAUCUUUUCAUUAUUUUGGUUCAUGUUUCAUGGCAAAUACCGAGUCACAAAUUAAUUAUAUGUGUGUUAAUUUAAAUAGUAACUGUGCACUCAUUUAUGUUGUAAUCUGUACUGUAUAAUGUUAUUAUCAUUACGUAUAUUAAUUUACCUGAUCUAAAAGCCCAAAUGAACUAUUAUAAUCACAUUUUGUCUGGUGUCUGUCCUAAUGUCCGUAAACUUUAAGCAGUGACGAUUUCUUCUCCAAAACAACAGGGCUAAUUUAAACAAAACUUGCCACAAAGCAUGUUUGGGUAAAGAUGAUUCAUGUUGGUUUAAUUGAAGUACCAACCCCCCUUUUUAAGUAGAGAUAAUCAAGAACUCGUAAAAAUGUGGCAUCGUUUGAAAAUCUUUAUAUCCAGAACCAAUGGACCAGUUUUAAUCAUAUUUGACAGAAACCAUUCUUAGGUCCAGGGAAAUUAAUUUUGUUGAAAUGAAAGGAUACGGUUUGCCCAAGGGGAGAUAAUCAAGAAAUGGCGAACACACAGGGGCAUUCAAAAAGCGUCGUAAGAGCCAUUAAGCUUGAACAAGUUUGAAUUCAUAUGAAUUAUCCUGAAAUAGUGUAGAUUCAAGCUUCAAAUCAUACUUCCCUGGGGACAACAUGGGCCCACAAUAGUGGGUCCAUAUUUCCAUGGUGAUAAAUAGGAUGAAUCACUUGUAUUUUUUCUCAAUAACAACAUAGGGCAUGGUUAGUCAUAUUAAUAUGAAAACAUUCCAAGGUAGUACAGAUUCCAAAUUGUUGAAAUUGUGGUCCCUGGGAGUAGAGUGAGGAAACCUUGGGGAUCAAGUUUUACAUCGUAAUCUACAGGAAAACCUCUUAAUAACAGCAGGAUCACGAAUACUGAUAUUGAUAUGCAAGCAUCCCCAGUUAGUGCAGAUCAAAAAUGCUCAAAUCAUGACCAUCGGGAGGUAAGGUGGGACCACGAUAUGGAAUCAAAGUUGUAUAUUGGAAUAUAUAGGGAAACAUCUUCCAUAGCAUAAUUUAUUUCUUGAGACAUUGUAUCAUGACUAGGUUGGGGCCACAAUUUGGAGUCCAAUGUUAUUGAUGAGGAAAUAUAUUGUAAAAAAUACAAUAGCUAAAGAACAGCAUGCUGGUCCAUAGUAACUUAGUGAGCGAUGUGGUUAAAGGGUUUCUUGCUGUUAUUUUCAUAAAAGAAACACCAAUUUGUCUUCAUAUGUAAGAAAUGUCCAUCUUUGUCUCCGAUUCAUAGAUAUUCUUUACAUGAAAUCAAAUAAUAAAGAAGUAUUCCACCGGUAUAGGAAGACCUGAAUACAUCUAACGGUUGUUUAGGUUGACCCAAAUCAAAUCUGUCCCAGGGUCAAAGAAACAGCUAUUAUUUUAGAACCUAGUAUACAAGUGCUUUAUUGUUCAUAUGUUUGAAAAAAUAUGCUUACAUCACUAUGUUACCCGUUCUACUUUUGAAUAAAACUAUGAAAUGUUA